AUGGCUUUAGUCUUUAGAGUAGCAAUGCAAUUCGUUGGAAUUUUGCUAUCUCUGCUGGGAUGGGUUUUAUCCAUUAUUACAACUUAUUUGCCACAUUGGAAAAACCUCAACCUGGACUUAAAUGAAAUGGAAAACUGGACCGUGGGACUCUGGCAGACCUGCGUCACCCAAGAGGAAGUGGGGAUGCAAUGCAAGGACUUUGAUUCUUUCCUGGCUUUGCCUGCUGAGCUCAGGAUCUCCAGGAUUUUAAUGUUCCUCUCAAAUGGCCUGGGAUUCCUGGGCCUGCUGGUGUCGGGGUUUGGCCUGGACUGCUUGAGAAUUGGAGAGCGACAGCAGGAUGUCAAGAAGCGGCUGUUAAUCCUGGGAGGAAUUCUGUUCUGGGCAGCAGGAGUCACAGCCCUUGCUCCUGUCUCUUGGGUCGCCCACAGGACAGUCCAGGAGUUCUGGGAUGAGACCAUCCCCGAGAUUGUGCCCAGGUGGGAGUUUGGGGAGGCCCUCUUUAUCGGCUGGUUUGCUGGAUUUUCUCUCCUGCUCGGAGGGUGUCUGCUAAACUGGGCCGCCUGCGGGACCCAGGUUCCCCUGGCUUCUGGCCACUAUGCAGUGGCAGAAAUGCAAACUCAGUGUCCAUACCUGGAAAAUGGAACUGCCAGUCCUUCAGUGUAA